AUGGAGUCACCCCUACUCAAUCAUGUGAACGAGUUGAAGGACAAAGGACCCAGACGAUGGUUUAUUCUGGCCAUGUCGUGCUUACUUCUUUUUGGCAAUUACUUUGCCUACGACAAUCCUGCUGCACUCAACACCCAACUUCAGAAAUACUUAGAAAUCCCCUACAACGAUUAUCAAUAUCUUCUGUCUACGCUCUACAGUGUCUAUUCUUUACCCAAUACUAUCCUACCUUUCUUGUUUGGGUCUCUUGUAGACAGAUUUAGUCCUCAAAGGGUGUUGUUGAUGCUCAGUGGCUGUGUCUGUAUUGGUCAGACCAUCUUCUCGAUCGGAGUUCAAUCUCGGAAGGUGUGGAUGAUGCUUUUGGGACGAGCCAUCUUUGGAAUUGGUGGUGAGAGCUGUAGUGUUGCACAAGCCAGUAUCACAACUAUGCAAUUCAGGGGACAUGAGCUUGCUCUUGCAUUAGGACUAAAUCUUUGUAUUGCAAGAUUUGGAUCUGUCGUGAACUCCAUCAUCACACCAUGGAUUGAGCAACUAUGGGGCGUCCCAACAGCAAUAUGGGUAGGAACACUCAGUUGUGUGGCGUCAUUUUUAUCCGCAGUUGCUCUGGUCUGGAUGAUCAACAACCCUCCUCCAUUCACACCAACUACACCCCAAAAGGAAGAGCAAGAUGUAGCACCAUUGCUUUUGGAUGCACCAAACCCUAAUACCAAUAACAAUGCGAACAGCGGGCUUUGUCUUACAGUAAUUGACCAUACUGGAACGCCUCAUGCACAUGCACCGCUGCCCAUUAUCUGUCCCCCUACAGAGUUUGCUAUCGUUCAGCACCUGCCUGGGGCUUUAAUGCAAGAGGAUAGCCUCGUAGGGUCGGUUGAUAAUACCCUGUUUACACCAGAUACCGCUGAGUCAUCCACACGAGCAUCUCUUCAUAUCACUAACGCAGACUAUCUACAGAAGCAAGAGCUUUGGUGGAUGCAGUGGUGGGAAGGUCUCAAGUUCUUUCCAUCUUCAUUCUGGCUGCUCUGUGCCAUGACUGUGCUGCUCUACAGCACGGUUGUACCAUUCAAUAAUGUCGCAAGUGACUUCUUGCAAUCAAAAUGGUAUCCUAAUAACCCCCGAAAAGCCACUACAAUCAUGAGCAUACCCGAUACCAUUGGCGCCUUCUUAGGUCCUUGUCUGGGCAUUAUAGUAGAUCGAUAUGGAAGACGUGCAAGCAUCCUGAUCGCAUCCACAAUUGUUUUGGUGAUUGUCCAUACUACCCUGGGUUUUACUAUGAUCAAUCCCAUAUUUGCGUUCUCAUUACUUGGUAUAGCCUAUGCGAUGUAUGGUGUUGCUAUCUGGCCUUCCUUUGCGUGUGUCAUCACGAGCGAAUUGCACCUUGGUAAAGGGUAUGGGAUCGGUUCAAGUUUUCUCAACAUCUCAUUAACCGCGGUGCCUCCAAUCGUGGCCACAAUCCGUGUGUUGUGCGGAAGCUUCGUCCCCGUAGAGGUUUUCUUUAUUUCAGUGGGGCUUGUGGGGACCGUAGUGGGAUUCAUACUGAAGGGGAUCGAUUGUCGGGAUGGAGGUGCGCUGGAAGCACCGGAGAUCCAUGUUGAAGCACCGGUUAUUAUGUCACAGCCUUUAGCGGGCUCAGUUCCUCCCUCGGCAAUUGCAUCUCCAGCGAUGUCUCUGGCUCGAUACCAGCUUUCGGAGGAUCAGAGGCGCCUUCGACUGAUUAUGCUUAGAUCAUCAAUAUCUGAAUCUGGGCUUGGCUGGAUGCCAAAACGCUUGGAGGAUUAUAGCGACGAUGAUGGAGUUGAUGAUGGUAAUGAUAGCAAUACUAACAAGUACAGCCAGCAGAACGCAUUUCUAAUUCAAUGGGAAGCACAAGGCGAGAAUUCAUCAGCCAAACCGUCGUCCGUCUAUAGUCCAGAUUCACCAGCACCUUCAUCACUCAUGCUGAAGAAGAUGAGGAGGAGAUAUCGACGAUGCCAUGACCGGACACUACUAUAUCAGGCGCUUGGGAAGAUCAGAAGCCCAUUACUUCGUCAGCAUUCAUCCAGCUCCCGUUAUGGGUCAAUACCAUCGCCAUCCACCGCUACAAUGCAAGACGAACAAUGGAAUAUAGAUGAAGAAGCAAAGACUCUCCUCGACCCAGAAUGUUACAGCGUGAGUGAGUAUCCUAUUCUCUAUAACCCAUUACGGGGAAGCUCGGGUAGUUUUCGGAUCAGUAGAAAUGUACAGCCAGUGACAUUGGAUGAAGCCAGGGGAGAGGGACGAAUUCCUCAAGAUGACUAAGCGGUAGGGUCAGGAGAGUAUGAUAAGAAUGAAGAAUGAAUCUGGUGAAGGCUCUGCUGCCCAAAAAUUGAGGAUUCAAGAAUGGGAAUGACAACUAUGUAUGACAGAAUGACUGAUACCAAAGCUGCAUAGAAGUGAGAACAAG